CUUUUGUAACUAAAACUCCGUUUUGACAUCACUUUCAUCAUAAUCUGAAUAAAAAUAAUAAUAAUACAACAAAACAAAUAAAAAAUAAAAAAAAAAAAAAAAAAACACCAUCGAAAACGAAUCAAAAAAUAAAAUAAUAAUAAAUCAUCUAAUAAAAAUAAAAGAGUUACAUACCAACAAAAUAAAAAUAAAUGGAAAAACAAAAUAAAAACAACAACUACAACAAAGCUCAAAAAGUCUAAGAGGCGAAUAAACCGAAGGGGCAUCUGCCAUAAACUUUUAGUUUUGAAUUUCCUUUGUUUUCGUUUGCGAAUUUGCUUCAAAAAUUCAACAAAAAACUCCUCUCAACCGACAACAACAACUACAGCAAACUUACCGCUGCAUGCCGAAAAGCUCAGAAGAAGAAGAAGCGGUAAAAGGAAUUAUCGUGUGCAACGGUGAGAAGAGUCUUCACUCUAUCUGCGUGAAUGUGUGUGUGAGAGUGCGUCUCUGUGUCUGAGAUUCUACGGGUGUGAGCGAAAGAGGCGACAUAGCGACUGCGCAUCUGUGCAAACUAAACAACAACAACAAGAAGAAAACAAGCCAAGCUUGAAACGAAGACUUUCAAAACCAACAACAUCAACAACAACAAACCAAACAAAAUUCAAAUACACUUGAAACGCUGUGAAAUUAACUCGUCAAUACUCAAAGCAACAACAAAACGCAAGAAGAAGAGAAAGAGAAAUCAACUGAAUUAAAAACGGAGUUUGAAGUCUUAACAAACACAAUUACAAAAUUCAAAACCACACGCACGCACUAAAAACAAAACAAAAACCACAUCAAAAACAACCUAGUAACUGUUAAAAAAAGAACAGCGAAAAAUAAUAUAAAAACGCGACGCUGAGGCGUUGACGUUGAACGUCAAGCUCGAAUAACUGAAGGAUAGAAGAAUACAUCAACAGUAGCAACAACAACAGCAAGAAACACACACGUUAAACAAUCCCAAAAUUCCUCAUUUUUUUCCUGAAAGCUUUAAUUUAAUUACGAAUUUUUUUGUUAAGUCAAAGUGAAUUCAAUUUGCUAAAAAAAAAAAGAAAAGAAAAAAUAAAAUAAAAAAAAUUAUUUAAAAUUAAGACAACAACAAAAACGCCGCCUCUACUACAACAAGAACAGGAACAAAGGAUAUAGAAGAGAAGAGAGAGAGAGAUAAAAAGAGGAACACAAACAGCAAAAGCAACACCAACAAACAACUGAAUUAAAGUUUUAAAGUACAAAAUAACCGGGAGUAAAAAGAAAAACAACAACAACAAAACAAACAACUAAUUUAAACAUAUUAACAAAAACAUUUAAUUUAAACGCAACAUCAAUUUAAAUUAUUUAAUUAAGCAAACAAAAAAAAUACUGUAGCCUAAGUCGAUAAACAAAAAAAAAACUAAAAAAUAAAAAUAAAAAUAUAUUUCGCCUGCCAAGCGGCGGCCGUGUGAAGAAGUGCAAAAGAGAAAGGCAGCGAUCGCGUGAAGGAAAGACAGAGUUGGAGAGUGUUUUAGAAAGUUCCGCCUUGUAAAAGAAGAACAGAAACAAAUUUAAAAGCAAAGCAAACGAUAAAGCAACAAUUGUGCCGCAAAAGAAAACAAAAACCACAAAAAGCAACAAGCAAAAAAUGUACUAAAAAAAGUAAAAAAAAAAAAAAAAAAAAAAAAAAAAAAAAAACGAGCAACUAAAAAACGGUAACAAUAAAGAAAAACAUUUAAAACCAAAAAUCUACAAGAAUUCUAUUAAUUUUAAGUAACUUUUACAAAAUAAAUAAAAACAAAAACACACAAAAUGAAGAAGACCCCAGCAACAGAAACAACUGAGUAACACAUAAAAUACAAACAAAAAAUUAAAAAAAGGACAACAAAAAAUUCAAUCGCAACUUAGCCAAUAAAAACAAGAAAAUUGUAAAUAAAUGAAAUUAAAAAACUGAAAAACCCAGAAGAGAAACGUCGAAAACUGAAAAACUGCGGCCUUUGUGCCCGAAAACCAAACAGUUUUUUAUUUUUAAUAAUAAACUAUUGUUUAUAUUUAAAUAGUUUUCAUUUUUUUAUAAGUGUACCUAGUGAGAAAUGUUAAAAGUCUAAAUGAGAUAACGAUUAAAAGCAACUGAAACAAAAAGAAAGUAAAAAGAAAACAAAACAAAAAAAAAACAAAUUCAAAGAAAGAUUUAACAACUCUGUGAUAAUUACUGUAAAUUUAUAAUUAUAAAUAAAUAAAAAAUACGCAAAAAUCGCAAAAAAAGAAAAUCUCUGCAUAAAUAACAAGAAAUGAACACUAAAACAAAACAACUGUAAUUUUUAACAAUAGAAAAACAAAAGAGAGACAGACGAAGUAAUAAGAAGAGGAGAAGUACGAACAUCUUAAACAACAACUUUAUACAUAAGAGCAAAUGCAAAUUAAAAGAUAAAAACAUUGAAACAAAUUCGUGAUAUCUUAAAGGACUUCGAUACAUAUACUAUAGUAUAUUAUAUAUUAUAUUAUAUAAACUCUAAGUAAAUAAGCUUAACUUGGUAAGCAAAAAAAAAACAAAAAACAAAAACAAAUGAAAACCCAUAAGUGAAAAAUACAACAACAACCAACAACAAAAGGAAAAACAAAAAAACCCUAGGUUAAAAAAAGACUUUAAAAAAAACGCGCAUUCAAAAAAUAUAUAUUUAAAAACAAACGGGAAAAAACGAAAUAAACACAAAAAAACGUAGGAUUAAAGUUCAACAUAGUAAAAAUAAAAAGCCCAGCAACAAUUAAAGAGUAUCUAUCUAUAUAUAUUAACGAUAAAACUAAACAAUAUAAACUCAUAAUAUGUGCAUAGUGAAUAGUAAACGAAACAGCAAUAAUAACAUUACAAAACGUGUAACCGAAAAGUAAUAGCAACAACAACAAGAGAAACACCAAUCUACAACAACAACAAACAUACAGCGAAAUAACGGAUCACUUCUGUGCAGCCCUCGUCAAGAGCAUCGUUGAGCAGCCGCAGCCCUGGCAGGCAGCCAAGCUGCGAGCGACAUUGAGAGAGAAGAGAGAGUGAAAAAGCUUGGUUUGUAACAAAACAACAAAAAAUUAAAAAAAGUAUAUAAAGAUAAAUCACUAAUACUUCCUAAAAACCACAACGAUUGCCUACAAAUAUAUAUAUAUUAUAUAAAUGUAUAUGUAUAUUAGAGAAAACCAAAAACAAACAAUAUAACAACAAACAUAUUAAUCACUCGCCCCUUCUCCCCCCAAAAUAAAAAAUCAAACGUCUAAUAUAUCAAACAAAAGCUCUAAAAAAAUAAACAAAUAGUAAUUUAAUAAAAAUUAAAAAUAAAAGUAUUCCGUAAAGCGCCCCAGUGUAUUUUUCUAGUAAAACUAAAAGAAAAAGGUAAAAAAAAAAACACAAAAACAUAACUCGAACAUAUGAACAAAUCGCAAUAAAUAGUUAAAGAAAUUUCAAAAGUUUUUCAAAACAACCAAGCAACCAACGGCAGCAGCUAAUGCAUUUUCAUCAGAUUACGAAUAUAUAUAUAUAUAUUUUUAAAACACGAAGCAGCCGCAACUUCAACUAACAACCAACAACCAACUACAACAAACAACAAGAAAACACCAACAACUAUAACAAUUAAAAACUGAACAUUACAUUAUAUAAUUGUCGGCAUUUUUUUACAUACAUUUCUUGGGGCCAGUUGCCCCAAAAUACCCAAAAGCAAAAAACCAACAAAGUUAUAAAAGAGAGGUGACAACCCAGAACAACAACAACAACAAACAAGAACAGAAACAACAACAACAACAAAUGAUUGUUUUUCUUUUUUAUUAACUUCGAAGACAAGGAAUUUCAGUGCCUCUUGUGCCAGUGUUUAGCCAAAAUAUAUAUACACAACAAAUACGUAUUUAUUGCUUAGUUUUUUCUCUUUGAUAUAAAAAUAAUUACACUAAAAAUCGAAAAUAAAAUAUUAAUAAAAACAAAAAGAACAUUUCAUAAUAAAAAGAACAUUAAUUAAUAGAUUCGAUAGUAGUAGGUCAGUUUUUGAUCCGCUCCAAAACGCGCUCGCUCUCUUUAAAUCGUUCACCAUUCUCGCCGUCAUCCGUCGUCGUCAUCAUCAUCAUCGUUGUCGCGUCGUCAUCAUCAACUAUAACAACAACAACAGCAAACAGCAAUCAUCGUUUGAUCAUCAUAAUUAAAAAUCAAACAACAAACCAGUCUCCUUGUGCUAGUCCGCUAUCAGCAUUUUCUAUAACAUCCAAAACAAAGCAAAACCAAUUAACAACAUGAAUACACAAUCCAAAGGAUAUCGCACUGGCGAAGAAAUCUAUGAUAAUUUGCACUUCGAUAUGUCUGCCAUACGCAGCUUGAGCAUACCGACAACUUUCCCGACAAUUAGCACUUUUACGCUAGACUCGACCACGUUGGGUCUGCAGCCGCAAUCGCAUGGACCGCAAACACCAUCGUCCGUGCAAAUGGCAAUGGGUCAACAACAACAACAGCAGCAGCAAAAUAUGCAUCACCAUCAGCAGCAGCAACAUAUGCAGCAGCAACAUCAUCAGCAGCAGCAGCAACAACAACAGCAUCAUCAGCAGCAACAACAUCAGCAGCAUCAACAGCAGCAACAUCAGCAGCAGCAACAGCAGCAGCAACAACAGCAGCAACAUCAGCAGCAGCAGCAGCAACAACAACAUCCCAGCAUUGGCAUGUUUGAUGCAAAUGAGGUCAACGAUAUCCUUCAGAAUCCGCCACAAAUUGGCGUCUUUCAAUCCAAUAGCGUGCUGAACAACGGCGCUGGCAGCUCAUCGUCCAUUUUUGGCUCACAAUCGAGCAAUUCCUCAGCAGCAGCAUCGGCAGCCAACGAUCCGAAUCAGGCCACACGCGAAACUGGCAUCAUUGAGAAGCUGCUGCAUUCGUAUGGAUUCAUUCAGUGCUGCGAGCGUCAGGCACGUUUGUUCUUUCAUUUCUCGCAGUUCACUGGCAAUAUUGAUCAUCUGAAGAUCGGUGAUCCCGUUGAAUUUGAGAUGACCUAUGACCGACGCACCGGCAAACCGAUUGCUAGUCAAGUAUCGAAGAUUGCGCCCGAGGUGGUGCUCUCCGAGGAGCGUGUCACCGGCACUGUGACCACAGAGUUGCGCACCGAUAGCGCCAACAAUGUGCUCAGCUCCAGCGAGACAACCGGUCGCAUUAGUUAUGAGAAUCGCGGCGAAUGCUUCUUUCUACCCUAUACCAAAGACGAUGUCGAGGGCAAUGUCAAUUUGCGGGCUGGCGAUAAGGUCAGCUUUCAAAUUGCAACGAACCAAAGAGGCAACCUGGGCGCGUGCCAUAUUCGACUAGAGAAUCCGGCUCAACCGGUCAAAUAUCGUGGCGUUGUGUGCUCAAUGAAGGAAUCGUUUGGCUUCAUUGAACGCGCUGAUGUCGUUAAGGAAAUCUUUUUCCAUUUCUCCGAGGCCGAGGGUAAUGUUGAGCUGCGUCCUGGCGACGAUGUCGAGUUCACCAUACAGACACGGAGCUCUGCCUCUGUGCCGCCGCAGGGUCGUGAAUUUGCCUGCAACAUAACUCGUUUGCCGCCCGGUUCGGUUAUUUUCGAGGAUGUCGAUAGCACCAUUUACAAGGGACAAGUGCUCAAAUCGUUGGAUCGCAACAAUGCAGUGCGUCAGAACAAUGAUCCGUUGCCGGGACGUAUACGCUAUCGGGCACCCGACUACUCUGAGGUGGAGGUGCCAUUUGGCGAUAAGGAUCAAAAGGGUGAUUUCACUUUGCGUCACGGCGAUUGGGUGCAGUUCCUGUUGGCCACCGACCGCAGGGAUCAAUUGCAGCGUGCCACAUCCAUUGCCCUCCUGGACGAGACGUUCAAGGUGUCCGGCGAGAAGAGGGAACAGGGCACAAUUGCCUCGCUCAAAGAGGGCUUUGGAUUCUUGCGCUGUGUGGAGCGUCAACCGCGCUUAUUUUUCCACUUUACCGAGGUGCUCGAUACGAGCCGUGAGAUUGAUGUCAACGAUGAGGUGGAGUUCACUGUCAUUCAGGAGCCCGGCCUAGCCUAUAAUAACUCGCGUUUGCAGGCCAUACGCAUUAAGCAUCUACCGCCCAAUUCUGUGCAAUUUGAAACUCUAAUGGCCAGCAACAUUGAGGGCUGCGUGACACGCGAGGCACCUAAGAGUCCAAUUAAAUCUCAGGAUCGCGUCGAGGGUGGCGUCAUCACCUACGAGCAUGGCGAUGUUAAAAAGACUAUUAUGUAUUUUCUUAAAGACUGCGAAAAACCACCAAGAAUCGGCGAGCGUGUACGCUUCGAUAUUUAUAUGGUUAAACGUAAUAAGGAAUUUAUUGCCGUCAAUGUGCAGCAAAUUUCACUGCAACAACAACAGCAGCAACAACAACAACUUUUGAACCAACAGGUCGCUAAUCAGCAACAGCCUGGCGUUAAUAUAAAUCAGAAUGAUCAAAUGUUGAUAACCAAUGGCAUCAACUCGAUUGCCAAUGCCAUGCAGAAUGGCUACAUAAUGCAUGGCAGUCCCGGUGGGGGCAGCAGCAGCAACAGCAGUGUCGGUAGCAAUGCAACCACUCAACAAAUAUGCACGCCUCACAUUGAGGACUUUAAGGUGGAGAAUAAUAAUCAUACCGGUGUUGAGACCACUGGCGGGCAAUUGUAUCGCGGAUUUAUUGCUGUUAUUAAGGAGAAUUUUGGCUUCAUUGAGACACUGUCGCACGACGAGGAGGUUUUCUUUCACUUUAGCAACUACCAAGGCAAUCCCAAUUGGCUCGAGUUGGGUCAGGAGGUGGAGUACACAUUGGCACCCAAUGGCAACACAUCUGUUUCGGGCAAUUGCCUGCCAGCUGAGAACGUGCGCACAUUGCCGAAGAACUCGAUUCCGCAACCAGCGGUGCUGGAAACCGUACACAAUGGCGUUGUGGCACGUCCAUUGCGUUGCAUCAAUCCGGAUCAGCAGGAGUAUGCCGGACUAAUUGAGAUACUCGACGAAUCGAGAACUACGAUCAUUUCGCAGCAUGAAUUUGGCAUCACCAGUUUGGUGAAUAAGCGUGAUUUGUUGCAGAAGGGCGAUCUGGUUAGCUUCCGCAUCGAUGAGAGUGGCCGGGCAGCCGAGGUGCAUGCUGUGCGUCAGAAGAAACGCGCAACUGUUGACUCGAUCAAGGGUCAGUUUGGAUUCCUCAAUUUUGAGGUUGAAGACGGCAAAAAGCUAUUCUUUCACAUGUCCGAGGUGCUGGGCAACACUGUGGCUCUGCAUCCUGGCGAUACUGUGGAGUUUUCAGUGGUUACCAAUCAGCGUAAUGGCAAAUCUUCGGCUUGUAAUGUUUUGAAAAUAAACGAUCGUCCCGAUCGUCUGAUCUCGCGCCUUAAGCUCAAUGGCGAGGAUGGUAUACCGCGUUUGAUUCUCAUUCGCGCACCCAAGGGGCCACAGGGCAAAGGCUUCUCCGUACUCGCACGCCAUCCACGCAUUCCAGGCACCCUGGUGGAGUAAUUCCAAAUCAGAUAUUAGAUGCAAAUUAAAGACAAUGCAUGCAUACAAUAUAUACAUUUAUAUACAAAUAUUUAUAUAUAUAUUCUUGUACGCUACAACAUCAACCAACAACAAGGCUUAACGAUACCAUACAAAGAAGGCACAGCAACAACUCCAAACAAACCGUAAAACAACAAUUGCAAACAUACCAACUACAAUGUGAAUUUGUCGCUACAACCAUAUAAUAUGAAUGAAAGAUACAAUUUAUUAAGUAACUUAUUAACUUAGAAAACAAAAAAAAAAACUAUUGGAAACGAUAAUAAUAAAUGAUAGCAUACCACAUACAUACAUAAAUACAUGCAUACAUACAUAAAUAUAUACAUGCAAGUAUAUUAAUGAUGAAAAUACAUACUAAACAAACUCAAAAAAACAUAACAAAAAACAAUUUCUACGUGUCUGAUAAAAAUGUAAACGAAAUUAAAUAAUCAUUAUUAAAAAAACAAACAAAAUCUAAAAAAAAAUACAACCAGGGCCCUCCUCCUUUUUCCUAUUCGUAAUAAUGAUACACAGUUUAUAGAUUCUGUUAAAUUUGAAGUUGUGCGCUGCUUAAAACUGAAAUUCAAGUGUCUGAGAGAUGAAACCAAAUUGUGUGUAUACGUAUACUAUUUUUCAACUAGUUUUGCUUUAAUUUAAUUUAGCAUAUAUAAAAUGAAAUACAAAAAGAAAAAAAAAAUGAAAAUAAUAAAUUAAAAAAUCAAAUAAAUAUUGUAUAAUGGCAACGAAAUCCUUGCAUAUGUGCAUUAAACAAAAUGUUAACCAACAACAAAGAGACAAACAAACAACAAUAUAUGCCAUAGAUGCGUAGAUAGUUUUUUCUCAACUUAUAUAUGCUCUAUAUUCUAUUAACCUAUUUCUAUAUAUUUUAAUUCUCGCAAAACUGUUCUUUCACUGCUUCUUCUUUGAAGUCUUACUGUUAAUCUGGCAUAUAUAUUCAUAAAUAUAUGUGUAUAUUUAUUGAAUAAUUAUUGUAUACAUCAAGAUGAUGGUGAUGAUGAUGAUGAUCAAAGUGACGAUGAUGAAAGCAACAAGUAUUUAUAUAUAGCAAACAAAGUCUUAAUUUCAAUUGUAACAUUUCAACACCAAAACACUCGACGAGUAAUAUUAACUGUGUUUGUUGUUGUUUCACGAAUUUUUUCUGCAUUCAAAAGGGUUGCAUUAACUUAUUACAUAUUAUAAUUAUACAAAAUACAUACAUACAUCUGCAUACAUCUUACAUAUACAAAAAAACAUAUUUAUUUCAACAACAAGAAAUCGAACUUUGUAACUAACACACAAAAAAUAAACAAAAAAAAACUAAAUACAAAAAAAAAAACAAAACAAACAAAAAAUGAAAAGAAAGAAAUUAACUAAAAGUCUUGUAUGAGAGUAAAGAGAAGAGCAAAUGAAAUUUGCUGCGCCAAAUCUGUUGAAACCAUUUAAUGAAAGAUUACAAAAAUUAAUUUUUAAAAAUGUAUUUUUAAAUAUUAAAGUAUAUAUAUAGAGUAAAACCAAAAAACAAAAAUCUAAAAAAAAAAUACAAAGAGAGCGUGUCGGAAACAAAGAGCAAAUAUUGUGAAAAAAAUUAUGAAUUUCAAUUACUAAAACAAGAGAAAAAAAAACCAAACAAAAAAAAAAAAAUAACAAAAAACAUUUAACAAGCUAACAACAAAUUUGGGAUCAGUACGUCCUACUAUAGCCAUGUUAUACAUAUAUACAACAGCAACAAGAGAACACUAAGCAACACAACAAAUCAUGAAAAAUAGUAACUUAAAUAUGUAUAACGCUAUUAUACGAAUAUCUAGGUAUACAUACAUACAUAAUCGUCUGAUAUGCCCCAGGAUAUAACUGCAGGCGUUUAGAUAUUUAUGCAAUGCAAUGAAAUGAACAGCACAGACACAACAGAACAGCAACUAAUCCUUAUUUAUAAAAUAUAAAACAUAAAAAAAUCGUAAAACAUACACACAACAAAAAAAAAUGCAACAAAAAAACAUAAAACAAAAAUACAUAUGUGCUUGAAUACGAAAGAAAAACAAAAAAAAAAAAACAAA